UAUGAAAUGAAUGACACCAGUGGAGUCGUUCAAGGUGCGUGUUAGCGUGGAUUUUGAUGAAAAUUAUAUUAUGAAGUAAAUUUUAACGAUAGAUUUGCUGAAAAUCCGGGCCUAAAAUGGAACAAAAACCGCAGUACGAUUUCGAUCGUAUCUGUCGAACUUGCAAAGGUGAAUCUACUGUUGUGAGAUCUGUUUUCGAAACCUAUGAAAAUGUAGACAGCACAACCCAUAUUCACGAGAUGCUAAUGGCUUGUGCGGCAGUCCAGGUUGGUUAUGAUGAUGGACUGCCUUCAUUCAUGUGUGAAAAAUGCGUUCAGAAAUUACAAGCAGCUUAUUUCUUUAAAAAACAGUGUGAAGCUACUGAUACUUCUCUUAGAGAAUAUGCCAAAACGAUGAAGGAAAAUGAUAUCAAACCAUCAGUAUCUGGUGAUGUGGAUCAGAAUAAUUAUAUUGAAAAAUUCAUAUUUGAAAACAGUGCGAAACCCAAAGAAGCUGAUCCAGAAGCCAAAACAGACUUCAUUGAACUACUAGACAAUAAUCAGAUGGUACUUACAUGUAGAGAAUGUGGAAAGGCUUUCACAACCUUGGAAGGUCUAAGAUGUCAUAAAAGGCUCCAUACAGGAGCACUCUUUAAAUGCAAAUAUUGUGAUAAAGAAUAUACACGCCAAAAUCAUUUACAGAGACAUGAAUUGUCACAUAAUAGGAGAAAAGUACAUGUUUGUAGGAUUUGCAGCAAAACAUUAACUAGACUGGAACAUUUGAAACGACAUUUGACUACUCAUCUAAAAGAAAAACCAUUUUCUUGUACAAGGUGCAAGAGAGGGUUCAACCGAUCUGAGCAUUUGGAGAAUCAUGUGGCUCGAUGUAAAGGGGAUCGGAUUCACAUUUGUGACAUAUGCAAUAAAGGUUUCAAUAGAGCAGACAGUUUGGAGGUUCAUAAGCUACUUCAUGAAAAUCAAAAGCCUGUUCUUCCUACUUUGGAAAAUUUAGAUAAUAUCGAAGAUCAUUAUUUUGAAAUUGAUUAUGAUGAUAACAAUGCCUUCUCAGAUGAUAAUUCAAAUGAAGUCGAUGAAUGCUUUGAACCACAUGUCGAAGUUACUGAGAGUUUGGAUGAAAAAUUAAGUGAAGACAUAACAAUUGGAGAUGAACAAGAAAACAACAUCCCCAAAGAAGAAGUUUCCGAUGAAAUGAAGAGUGAAGAAUUUGAAGCAACAAAUAUUGAAGAUACAUUAAAUCAUGACAUUUCCGAAGGAGAUACAAAAGAAAAUGAUACCGAUAAUGGAGAUUUAGAACAAAUUUUGAAAGAGGAAAAUCAGGGUUAUAGUGAUGAUAGGGAUUAUGAUUCGGAGGAAAACGGGGACAAACCGUCUAUUCAUGAUGAAGUUAUGAACCAUGAUGAUCCUGGUUCCGAUAGUGGCGGUUCGGAAUACACUCCACCCACAAAAACGAGAAAAAGAGGAAGACCUAGAAAACACCCCCCCAAAUCUCCGAAAGCUGCCAAAUCUCCUAGGGGCAAGAAAUCUUCCAAGAAGAUAAAAAAAGAAGACGAGGAAUAUGGGGAGUAUCCUUGUCCUGAUUGCCAGGAGAUAUUCCCAUUGAUGUCCGUCCUAGAAAAACACGCUUCAGAACUGCAUCCGGGGGUUAAGGUGUAUAAGUGUGAGGAGUGCGAAAAACGUUUCAGUCGGCCGAAUCAUUUGAAGCGCCAUUUACUAUCGCAUUCUGAGGAUAAACCGCAUGUGUGCGAAAUUUGCACAAAGUGCUUCAAUCGAAAAGACCAUCUGAAUCAACAUUUGAAGUUACAUUUGAAGUCUUCUGAUGAAAUGUGCGAUAUUUGUUUCAAGCCGUUCCACAGAGCCGAUCAUCUGGCCAAGCAUAAAGCUUCAAAACAUGGAAUUGGACCGAAGGUGACGAGUGAUAAGAGGUACGAGUGUGAUAUUUGUCAAAAAUCUUUCACAACCGAGAAAUACAGGGACGUGCACGUCAAGGGCCAUCAAGGAAUAAAGAAGUACCCCUGCAAGGUGUGCGAUAAAACGUUCUUGUCCAAAUCUCAUCUGAACGAACAUCAGAAGUUUCACAAUGAACAUUGCAAGAAGUUCCUCUGUUCCGAAUGUGGUCAGAGGUUCAUACGGAACGAUUAUUUGGUGAUACACAUGCGUAGACACAGAGGAGAAAAGCCGUUUAAGUGUAAAUAUUGUGGAAAAGGAUUCCCAAGAACAACGGAUCUGACCGUGCAUGAACGGUAUCACACUGGAGAAAAAACACAUCUAUGUACAAUUUGUGGCAGAGGUUUUGGAAGAGCAUACAAUUUGACUGUUCAUAUGAGGACACAUACCGGUGAAAAACCCUAUCAAUGUACGUAUUGUGAUGCAGCCUUCGCCCAAGGCAAUGAUUUGAAAGCACAUGUGCGAAGACAUACCGGAGAAAGGUUCCAGUGCGAAUUGUGUACAGAAAGUUUCCUUAUGGGUUACUUACUCACACAGCAUAAGCGUACUGUUCAUGGUUUGAAUGUAGUUAGUAAUAUAAGGCGUCUUCAACCGAUUAACAAGUUGAACCCUGAAGACCCCAAUGAACCUCCACCGAUUACAAUACCGUUGCCAAAACCUGUAAUUCCUGACAAUGUGCUGGGUAAUGUACAAACGACCAUGGCCACCUUGACACCUUUGGAAGUAUUGUCUUUUGCUCAACUACAACAUCAUAUGGUUCCAGAACAAUGAAUCAUGAUUCAAAAUUAAUGUAAAAGAGAACAUAUUUUGAGAUUGAGUCUCUCCAUCGUUUGUACAUAAUACUACAUCACAAGCACCAAGAUAUUGUACUAUUGUUCAUAUUAGAGGUAGAAGUCUAUAAUUUUUUCAAAGAGAGAUUUGAUGUCUCUUAUAUUCUCACUGUGUCUUUCAAAAUAUAAUUUCUUUAAUAUUUUUGUAGAUUCCAUAGAAAAUAGAACCUUAUCUUUAUUAUUAUGCCUUGUGUUCUAGAUUUUGUAAACUUCGAGCUGAGAACAGAUUUUUUUUUCAUUUUAAUUUCGAAAAGAUAGCAAAUAAUGAAUAUUUGUAAAUUUAAAACAUAUUGUUAUCAUUCCAUUUUUAUUUUAGUAUGAAUAUGAAAUAAUUUGAAACUCAGUUUUCUUUACUGAUAUGCAAUAUUGAUAGUUGAAUGGGUUUUACCAUGAACAAAAAUUCAACAAGUUUUUAUUGUUCGAUUUUAAUUUUUCAUGAAACUUUGUUCCUAUUUAGCAUACAGAACAUUAAGAAGACUAUUCUGGUUAUGUGCUUAAGAGUAAUUUGUUGAUUUUGAAUUUGAGUCAUGCUGAAACUUUUCAAGCCAUCAUAUCUGAUGUUCAUUUGUGGUAAUUCUAAUUCAAUAUUGGAUGGUCUGUACGAUAUUAUUGAAUUGUAUAUUUCAGAGUUAGCACUGAGCUUUUCUGUAAAAAGUUAAUUAGUUGUAAAUGUAAUUAAUAAUAAAUUUUAUCAGAAUUUAA